CUUCUUCUUCUUCUUCUUCUUCUUCUCUAUAAACCCAAAAAGAUAAAACAAAGAAAAGAAAGAAAGAACACAAUAUCUCCAAGAAGACCCAAAGAACACAACCGCUAAAGGCCUCACCUUUUCUCAUCUGAGACCAAAUUCAGACCCGACCCAGUUGCCGAAACCCUAAUCCGACCCGAAUAGAUGACCCAGCUCAAGCAAAUGUCUCAUCUUGACAACGGCCCUCCGACGCCGGGAAAGUUCAAGCCCUACAUCCACCGCGUGCGGUGGCACAGCUCCCUCGCCAAGCUCACAUUUUGGUCCCUCGUCUUCCUCGCCCUAAUCCUCCUCUUCUUCUUCCGCUCCCCGCCCUCCUCCGCCGCCGCCGGCGACCACUCCCGCCGCUCCCUCCGCACCUACAACUGGGGCGGCGCCGCCUGGGAGAAGCGCGUCCGGUCCUCCGCCCGCGUCCGCUCCCGCAGCGGCAUCUCCGUCCUCGUCACCGGCGCCUCCGGCUUUGUCGGCACCCACGUCUCCGCCGCCCUCAAGCGCCGGGGCGACGGCGUCCUCGGCCUCGACUCCUUCAACGACUACUACGACCCCUCCCUCAAGCGCGCCCGCCAGGCCCUCCUCGAGCGCUCCGGCGUCUUCAUCGUCGAGGGCGACAUUAACGACGUGUCGUUGCUCUCCAAGCUCUUCGAGGUCGUGGCCUUCACCCACGUCAUGCAUUUGGCUGCCCAAGCCGGCGUAAGGUACGCCAUGGAGAAUCCCGGGUCUUAUGUUCAUAGUAAUAUUGCCGGCCUUGUUAAUCUUCUAGAAGUAUGUAAGAACGCAAAUCCUCAACCUGCUAUAGUUUGGGCCAGCUCUAGCUCUGUCUAUGGUCUCAACACUAAGGUCCCAUUUUCGGAGAGAGAUAGGACUGAUCAGCCUGCUAGUUUGUAUGCUGCUACUAAGAAAGCCGGCGAGGAGAUUGCUCAUACUUACAAUCACAUUUACGGCCUUUCGCUUACCGGAUUAAGGUUCUUUACAGUUUAUGGUCCUUGGGGCAGGCCGGACAUGGCCUACUUCUUUUUCACUAGGGACAUAUUGAAGGGGAAGACGAUUCCGAUUUUUGAGGCUGCUAAUCAUGGGACCGUCGCCAGGGAUUUUACCUACAUUGAUGACAUUGUGAAGGGCUGCCUGGCGUCGCUGGACACUGCGGAGAAGAGUACUGGGAGUGGGGGGAAGAAGAAGGGACCGGCGCAGUUGAGGGUGUUCAAUUUGGGGAAUACGUCUCCUGUGCCGGUGUCGGAUCUUGUUACUAUUUUGGAGAGGCUGUUGAAGGUGAAGGCGAAGAGGAGUAUUUUGAAGUUGCCGCGUAAUGGGGAUGUUCAGUUUACUCAUGCCAAUAUUAGCUCUGCGCAGAGGGAGCUCGGGUAUAAGCCCACGACUGAUCUGCAGACGGGGUUGAAGAAGUUUGUUAGGUGGUACCUGACUUACUAUAAUGGCGGGAAGAAGGCUGCUGGCUGAAAGAUUCUUUUGAUUGUGUGGUUAGAUCCGUUGAAUUCUUGUUCAUUAUAAUUCUUACGAUUGUUUUUUAACAUUUCUGUCAUUUCCCCGAGUAUCGGUUUUUCCAUAUAUCUUAAUGAUUAAUGCCAUAUUGGGAGGAAACGUUGUGAACUACAUUGAAGAAGUUUUGUGGUUGGGGGACAUUGUUUUCUGAGCACUCCCGUUCUGUAUUAAGAGAAAAUGAGGAUCAUCUCUUUCUUUUUCUUGGAAUGUAAUUAUUGUAUCUUCGGCAUUGUAUACUUCAUGACUGAUAGAGCAUAUGCUAAUUGGUGGACAUGUAUCAUUGCUAUGCAAUUCAAUAACA